AUGGAAGCAGCGGUGGUCAUUCUCCUGCUGCUUUGCUGCUCGUCGUUGGGGGCGGCUUCAUUUGCAGGGCCGAUACAGACGGUGGUGGUGGUGGUGAUGGAGAACCGAUCCUUUGACCACAUGCUGGGAUGGAUGAAGCGAAGGAAUCCGGCCAUCGAUGGGGUGACGGGGAAGGAGUGGAACCCGGUCAACGUCAGCGAUCCGAAGUCAUCACGGGUCUUCUUCGGCGACGGCGCACACGACGUUGACCCCGACCCGGGCCAUUCCUUCCAGGCCAUCAGGGAGCAGGUGUUCGGCUCCGACGACACCUCGGCGGUGCCGGCGCCCAUGAACGGGUUCGCCCAACAGGCCCGGUCAGUGGAAGAUGGCGGCUCCAACGCCAACAUGUCGAGAUACGUAAUGAAUGGGUUUCGGCCGGAGAUGGUGGCCGUCUAUGCCGAUCUUGUGGAGGAGUUCGCUGUGUGUGACCGGUGGUUCGCUUCAGUGCCCGCCUCCACCCAGCCGAACCGCCUCUACGUCCACUCCGCCACCUCUCACGGUGCCACCGGCAACCUCGUCAGGCAUGUUCCUCUCUCUCUCUCACUAUCUAUCUAUCUAUCUACAUUUUUCUCAAGGUUUCCGAAUUCGUUCGAAGUUUCUGAUUCAUGGGCUCAGAUAUUAUGCUGAGAGCUCGCCGUGCUCUCUCUCUCUCUCUACAUUUUUCUCUAGGUUUCCGAAUUCGUUCGAGGUUUCUGAUUCAUGGGCUCAGAGAUUAUGCUAAGAGCUCGCCGUGCACUUUCUCCUCUCUCUCUCUCUCCCUCUCGACAUUUUUCUCAAGAAGUUUCUGAUUCAUGGGCUCAGAGAUUAUGCCGAGAGCUCGCGGUGGGUUCUCAGCGAUCUGCUGUUCCUGGAUAUUCGCAGAGAUCUCGGAUCCGGUUUCUGUCCAUGGAUUAUUCGUCCUGUAGCGAAGCCCAUUAGCCAACAUCAGUGUAGACGCGCGACCCGAUGUCAACUAAAGAAGGGGAGAAGAGGGAAGGGAGGGAGAGAGAGAGAGAGAGAGAGAGAGAGAGAGAGAGAGAGAGAGAGAGAGAAUGGGAUUAACGGUGCUACUAAAGAGGACAGCACUGGAGUUCCAGACAAUCAGAGGAGAGAUGUAAUGGACUCACUAUAGGGAGAUAGAGAGAGAUAGAGGGAAGGAUGAGCAUGAGGGACGGACUGUGUAGUGAUUUUACCAGAAGAGGAAGGGAAGCAGAGAAGAAGAGAGGCAUAUUAAAGGUAUUAGGGGAAGCGAGGAGAGAGAGAUGCCCUACCAGAGAGUACCCGUUGUCGCGGGACCUGUUCCAUUCCUGUGCAUCAUCAUUCCACUGCCCCAGACGAAAGCUGGUGCUAGUAGACCAAUGGAUCGGCCCCGCCUCAAGUAAGUGGACGGGUCAAUGGUUCUCACAGCUUUCGAAGAUUGGAUCGGGACGACGGCGGUGGACGCGGAAGCGGGGGAGGGUAGUCUGAAUAUGACAUUCUAUUUAUUCUGAUGAUCUGCUGUUAAUGUGAACCCACCAUUUUGACCAAUUAAUUUAUCCAGCGAAAAGAUGCUUGACAUGAGUAGUAAAAUGUUGAGCAAAUAUGGAAAAUACCAUUUCGAUUACGUUUGACUUUUCCGGGGGGGGACGGUCGUCGGAAUUUCUUUUCGGUGAAUGACAUUCUACUUACAUCUAAUGAUUUGCUGUUAGUGUUCACCCCGCCCAUUUUAACCAAUUAAUUAUCUAGCAGAAGAUGCAUGACAUGACCAGUAAUCUGUUGAGCAAAUAUGGAAAAUGCCAUUUUGGUUACGUUUGACUUCUCUAUGGGAAGGAGGUCCGAAUUUCAUUCUGAUGAAUGACAUUCUAUUUAUAUCUGACGAUUUUGUUACUAAUGUCAACCCCGUCAUUUUGACCAAUUAACUAUUCUAGGAAAGAUGCCUGUUGAGCAAAAAAUACCAUUUUGGUUACGUUUGACUUCUCUGGGGGUGGGGUGGUCCGAAUUUCUUCUUGAUGAAUGACAUUCCAUUUAUAUCUGACGAUUUGCUGUUAUUCUCAACCUUUUUUUUUCACCGCUAUUUUAACCAAUUAAUUAUUCUAGGAAAGAUGCCUGCCAUGAGCACUAAACUCUCGACCAACUAUGGAAAAUACCAUUUCGGUUCCGUUUGACUUCCCAGUGGCUGACGGCGCAAAGUCCACGUUCUCUCUCCCUCCCUCCUGAUGCAGCAACCUGAUGAGGGGGUACCCGCAGCGGACCAUCUUCGAGAACAUCCACGACGCGGGGCUCUCCUUCGGCAUCUACUACCAGAACAUCCCCGCCACCCUCUUCUACCGCAACCUCCGCAAGCUCAAGUUCCUCCCCAAGUUCCACCCCUUCGAGCCGGCCUUCUUCUCCCACGCCGCCGCCGGCCGCCUCCCGAACUACGCCGUCGUGGAGCAGCGCUACAUGGACUCCAAGGACCGCCCCGCCAACGACGACCACCCCUCCCACGACGUCUACGAGGGGCAGAUGCUAGUGAAGCAGGUCUACGAGGCGCUCCGCUCGAGCCCACAGUGGAACCAGACGCUGCUGAUCGUCACCUACGACGAGCAUGGCGGGUACUACGACCACGUCCCCACGCCAGUUCGCGGCGUGCCCAGCCCCGAUGGAGUCGUCGGCCCGGAGCCCUUCUUUUUCAAGUUCGAUCGGCUCGGUGUGCGGGUCCCUGCUAUUCUGGUCUCCCCCUGGAUCGAGAGAGGCAGCGGUAGGAGGCCUUGCUGUGAGAAUCUCAGAUUUGAUGAAGUAUGUGCAUGGUUCUCUGAUGAGUCUGGUGCUCUUUUGCAGUUCUCCAUGGCCCCAACGGGAAGCCUUUUCCGACGUCGGAGUUUGAGCACUCGUCCAUUCCGGCGACGGUGAAGAAGCUCUUCAACCUCCCGUCGCCUUUCCUCACGAAGAGGGACGAGUGGGCCGGCACCUUCGACGUCGUUUUGCAGAGGAAGGAGCCCAGAACAGAUUGCCCAAGUAUCUCUCUCUCUAAUAUGACUAUGCAUCUCUCCUUCGCCUACUCUCCUCCUAGUUCUUUAUAUUCGCACCCUAAAACGCGGAGAAGGAGAAAUUCAUCACCUGGGUUUGGUCAUUUUCCUGCAGUGAAACUGUCCACUCCACUCCGCAUCAGGAAAGGAGAGGCCAAGGAGGAUGCGAGGCUCAGCGAAUUUCAGCAGGAGCUGAUGCAGCUCGCCUCCGCGAUGACCGGCGACCACAUCCUGCGGCCGUUGCAGGAGAAGAUCUCCAAGUCGAUGACCGUCAAGGAAGGCCUGGCCUAUGUGGACGACGCCGUCGCGCGCUUCUUCGAAGCUGGGCUCUCCGCCAGAAGGAUGGGCGUGGACGAAGAACAGAUUGUGAAGAUGAAGCCAUCGCUCACAACCAGACCCACAUCGUCUCCAGCCCAGUAUCCUUGA